GUCACAUGACGUCCUCCCAUUCUCAGUGCGCAGCGUUGCAAUCGGCUGGCACUGAUGAUCAGUGUGCCCUGAUGAUCAGUGUAGCCCCAGCAGUGCCACCUGUCAGUGUCCAUCAGUGCCACAUCAAUGCCUACCAGUGCACAUCAAUGCCACAUAUCAGUGCCCAUCUGAGCUGCCUUUCAGUGUAACCCGAUCAGUGCCACCUAUCAGUGCUGCCAAUCAGUGCCACCUAUCAGUGCCAGUCAGUGCCGCCUAUCAGUGCCACUUAGUGCCGCCUACCAGUGCCAGUCAGUGCCGCCUAUCAGUGCCAGUCAGUGCCGCCUACCAGUGCCAAUCAGUGUCGCCUAACAGAGCCAUAUAUCAGUGCUGACUUUCAGUGCCCAUCAGUGGUGCCUAUCAAUGCCCAUCAGUGCCACCUACCAGUGCCUCCUCAUCAGUG